GAACGGCCCUGUUUUGUGCGCACAUGUGAGCUCUGAAGGCGCUCGCUGGUAUUUAAACGUCAUCGACAGGGUGCUGAAGUGGACAGCUCUCCCCAGAGAAACAAGGCGACAUGCUGGCGGGCGCCUCGCAGCCCGCUCUCUCCGUAACACUGAAUGAAAACACCAGCGUCUCCAGGCUGCGUGUUGCUCCCGACCAAUGACGGAGGAAGGCAUUGUGCAGAAAGGCGGAUGUCGGGGCACCUGUAGCUGAUUCUGGAUCACAGGCUCAGAUAAAAAAAAAAAAAAAAAAAAAAAAAAAUCGGAUUCUUUCACAUCAGUUCGUGUCGGUUCUGAAGGGGACGGGCUCUGGUGCCGUUUGAUCCCGUGACGAGGAAGCGCAAAUGUGUCCUAAAGCCUUUUAGGCGACGGAAGCAUUAAUUUCUAAGCCGCUCUGUGUGCCUGCUCGCACUGAAGAGGGAGCAUGGAUAGAGAUGAAUUUCCUCUGCAUGGAGCGCUGCGUGGAUCUGUAGAGCGGGCGUUGUGCUCCCGUGGAAAGUGAACCGAGGAGAAGGACCAGAGCACCACAACUAACCUCGCCUUUUCUUCCAAAGAUUCUUCGGUUUGCUGUUUUUAAAGGAGGAUAUUCUAUUUUUUAUUUAAUUUUUUCCAAUCGGCCAUGGGGAAAGAGGAAUGCAAAACAAUGCUGGAUGCUUUGAACAAAGUCACAGCCUGCUACAGGCACCUGGUCAUCGCGCUGGGAAGCACGUCGGAUUCCCAGAACCUGCGAGAGGAGCUGAAGAAGACCCGCAAGAAAGCCCAGGAGCUGGCCGUGGCCAACAGGACUAAACUGACCACCCUGCUCAAAGACAAGACCAUCAGCAAGGAGGACCGCGCCGAGUACGAGCGCCUCUGGGUGCUGUUCUCCAGCAGCAUGGAGCUGCUGGAGGUGGACAUGAAGAGGUCCUUGGAGAUAGGGCAGGACUUCCCCCUCAAGGUGCCCACCCGGCACCUCAUCCAGACGGGCAUGACCGGCAACACCAACGCGGUGGCAGCCCGGGCCAUGAGCGUCCAGAACAUGAAGUACGAGGCCGACAGCAACAUCGACACGGCGGACCUCCGGGACCUGCAGAGCGAGAUCACCCAGGUGAGCCAGAUGAUGGAGGAGAUGGAGAUGAAGGUGCAGGUGGCGCCGUGGGCCGUGGUGGCGAAGCAGGAGGCGGGCGCCGAGCUCAAGUCCAACAUGAGCGUGGGGAACUCUUCCGUGGGCGUCAUCUCCAUCUGCGAAGAGGAGCCCAAAGACGAUGAAGGCGGAGGGGGCAGGGAGGGGGGCUCCACGUCCAUUGGAGCCGUGUUGGUGUUUUUUGUCAUCCUAACAGUCGCCCUGGUUCUGGGAUAUUUAGUUGUCAAUAUGUAGGGAACUGGCUGACCAAAAGCAGGCUGCUCUAAAGGGACACCUUCUUGGCUUUCCACGGGAGGCUGCCGUGAGAAAGGACAGGAGCCCCACGACACGGGAGGUCUUGAAGCGGCGAAAAUGUGUUAUUACCCAAAGUUAUCAAUCUUUCUUGGAUUUGUGAAUGUAUUUGAUGGAGCUGAGGAGUUGCGCGUAACAUAGGCUACUAGAACAAUGUAGACAGUGUGGAGAGAGUGGCCAUCCGUCCUUAAAGGCAUGUGGACGGGGCAAUAGGUCAUGUAUUUUUGGAGGAGGAGGGGGGCGGGGGGGAGUCAUAAAAUUACGUGACAGUGUCUGGCCAUCAGGGGGAUAUACACCACACGUAAUCCAAGUGGAUUAGUGGAAAAGCUCAAGCGUAAAUGUAGCCUUCGGUUAAGUAUCCCCGUUGAUGUCUGUCUGAGCGACGCUUUAAAGACUCGCUUUCAACCCAGGAGAGUCCGGGUUGUUCACACAAGCAGGAGAAACAUCUAGUCUAAAAAUUAGGUUUGUGCUUCUUGCCUUUGGAAACUAGAGCCAACAGCUAAUCCCUACUCAUCACUUUGGCAGGGUGUGCACAAAUCUGCACUGCUCCACACUCCUGUCUGCACAGUUCUAAUGUAUCGUAAUAAUCUCUACAACCGCAUCUUACUCAACUGUAUCCCAUUUCAGAGGCUUCAGGGGACGGAGGACGGGAUGCGCACAGCUGUUUGUUAUCGCACCUUUUCACUGUAAAGCCUGCUCUUGUUUCUAUUCAGGGUUUUCUUGCAGUUUUGAAUGUAAAACAUUGCAACGUGUGAAUAGAAGAUUUGUACAUACAGUCUAUGCUGCAGUUUCAGGUCAUGUAAAUACGAUCUAGUAUAUUUAUUAUAAUAAAACGUUGAAACACACUUGAAAACGUGCAUUUAGUUUAAAGAGAUCUCUGCUGGUGCUAAAGAUGUAUCUUUACGCCAUGGAGCGGUGCAUAGUUGCCUUUUGACAUGAAUCUCACCAGCAGUAGUUGGGACGAAUGUCAGAUCCAGGUUGUGUUCAAUACAAAGCUGGAGAUACAUACAUCUAAUGCACUUAGAGGUAUUUCAAGCAGGGGAUUAGUCUCCGACUUAACAACCUUAGUGUUAAAAUAUCGUUAAAGGAGAGUGACACAGAUGCUCCUUUAGCUUCUUAAUAGUUUUACAUGUAAGAGUCUUUACAGAUAUUUCUGGACUGGCACAAAGGUGAAGCUGGUAGUGAUGGGAUGAUUGUCCCGGGGCCACAGUGAACCUAGUAACUUCCAAAAUUUCAUGUGCAAAUUCAACCUUUUAAGAAAUGAUUUCUGUUCAAACAAAUCAAUGUUCAAAUCCCAGAAAACAAGAUUAGCAAUAAAUAAAUAAAUAAAAAGUUUGGUGUUGUGCUUUGAACAGCCAAAUAUUCAGCUUACUUUGUUUGGUACUUUUUAUUUUAAAGUUUCAAAGAUCUUAGGAACGUUUUUCAGCAUAUCUAAAGCAUUUUUGACCAAUAACAUAGUGUGUAUGAACAUGCAAAACAAGUAUAAUGAACAUUAAAAGGACAUUAAUCUCAAUUGGUUUUUAAAAGGUUGGAAAACCUCAAUGUUUGAGAAUAUUGAGUAAACCGUUAAAAACAAAUUUGUGUCAAUGAAGAACUGAAUAGCUUUAUGACUGCAUAACAAUUAUCAUUCACCAGCAAUCAUAGAUUCAAUAUGUUAGACUAUAGGCUUGGAUUUUUUAGCAGAUUUUUCAAAUAUUACAUAAAAUAUCAAGGCUUAAAAAGCUAAAGGGAAUCUGGGAUAAAUGAGUUUAACCCCACUUUUUAUCAUGGAAAGCACCUAUGUGAGCCAGUAGUCCUAAAGCCUAGUUGGAUACCUGCUGCAUGCGUAAUAUCAAAUGUCUACUCCUUGUAGCUUUCAAAGGCAAGGCAAGGCAAGUUUAUUUAUUUAGCACUUUUCUGUAACAAGAUGAUUUAGCAAAGGAUCCAUUCAGGAAGCUGUAAUGCCAGUCAUCUGAAAAUGGUAUGCAACCGUCUAUUCAGCCAGGAACUGUCCAACAGCAAAACUGUUGUAAGUACAGACCCAUUAAAUACAUUUUAAUAUUGUUGAAAAGUUUUAGUUUUUUUUAUAUGUACAAAGUGAAAAACAUUGUAUAGAUUAAUGAUACACACACUGAUGUUUUCAAGCAUUAUAUUUUUGUUAAUUUUGAUGAUUUUUUUGCUUACUGUGAAUGAAAAAAGCAUUUAAUAUUAGAAAUUUAUCAGAACAAAAAAAAAAACAGCAACAAUCUAAUACAGAAAUGAAUAAUCAAUUAAAUGUAUGUUAAAUACUUGCUUAAAGGUUUUGAAACUUACCUUUAAUCUGACAAAGGAGCCUCAUUGGAUUGCAUAUUAUAAUUUAUUAAAUAUUACAGUAUAUGUUGUAUCAAUCUAUCUAUCUGAAAAGCAAGCAUCAGAUUGUGUUAUAGUUUUCCACAGCUAUAAAUUGGGGAAUAAGUUUUAUAUGCAAACAAGUACUAUUAUAUACCAAGGGGAUUUAACACUCAGCAUCCUAACUAGCCGUUUGCUGCUAUAAUUUCUCAGUCCAAAGUACUAUUUCACAAUAUAAAAAAAUCCCCUCUAAAGGCAUCUGAAACAUGUUUCACUAAUUCACUAUGUUCAACCUUCUGUGCCAGAUUUCCUCAAAUAUAUGUUUAAUAUCAAAACAUCUGAAUGUUUCCAAGGCACUUUUGUAGCCAAACUCUGUUAUCUCAAAUGACUAUUUAUUUGCAGGAAACUACAACUGAAGAUCUGUACAAUAAAAUAUUAAAGAAUAUGAUUUAAAUAAGAAAUAUAUGUCUUUGUAGGGCAAUGAACCAUAUUUUAAUACUGAGAUGGAACUCUGCCUCUUUAAAGAUGAUUCACAGAUAUUAGUGGACAUCUACAACUGGGCUGUUUCAAAACUUUUUUUUAACCUCAAUAAAUUCAUUUGAAGUCA